AAACCCGUUAAGAUCCAACCGCCCAAACAUUUUUGAAUUGGGUACAAACUAAUUUCAAAUUGGGUAAAGUUUGAGCCCAUUAAACCUGACCCGCUAAAAAACAACUCUCACCCAUUUCAACCCGUAAGAUACCCAUUUCAACCCGUUUCCAACCAAAAAAAUAAAAACAAAAAUCGGCGCACGGCACUUCACGUUGCCGGAACACGUUUGGGUACAAACUGAUAACACUUCACGUUGCCGGUACUCUGUUCCUGAUCUCCGAUUCAACGUCCUUCUUGAGUCUCAAUUACUCGAUUCAACUAAAAUCACUAUAAUUUCUUCUGUGAAAUCGUUGCUGCCUGCUCCUAUUGCUCUAAUUUCGCAAAGAUAUAUUAUGCCAUUAAUCCUGGUUUUUGAAAAAUGAGUUCUAGUUCUUGGCCUCUUUUGUUUGACUCCCUAAGGAGCAUAGUUGAAACUCUUGAGAAAGCUAAUACUGCUGAUGUUUCCGUGGUUAGAGCCAUAAAACAAUGUUCUGAGACUUCAAGACGUCUUUUGGCUGCAAGUGAAAGUACAGGUUUGUUAGCUGAACACACUCAGCUACUAAAUUUCCUGCUCAGAAUUGUUUCCAGUCUUCAACAAGAGGCAGGUAAUUUGUCAAAUUCAAGAGGCAAGAAAAAAUUAUCUGGUUACAACAGUUUAUGGGAAGUUGAAACAGUAGCUUUUACUGUGAUUGGGGAACUAUAUUCAAGAUUUGGAUCUUCUUUACCAGUUGACACUUGGCAAUCAACAAUUGAGAUCCUUAGAAACAUUUUGGAAACGGUGGCAUCUAAAGGCCUUGUUAAGGAAGAUGGAGCCACUGCCCGGUUUUAUACCUCGCUUCUUCAUUGCCUGCACUUGGUUCUUAUAGAUUCCAAGGGACCGUUGUCUGGCCAUGUGGCAGGUUUUGUUGUGACUUUGAGGAAUUUUAUUCAUUAUGGCCUUGCUAAUAAAUCACACAAUAUGUUUGCCCUCACUGAUAAGAAGCAGAUUACUUCUGUGAGCAUCAAGACAGAUUUGACAGAAUCAACAACAUCACAAACAGGCAGAUAUAUGCCUCCACACUUACGGAAUAAAAAUCUGAAAAGUUUUCAGUUGGAGGACGAGAAAUCACUAACAAUGUCAUCUGAUUCAGAAAGCAGUGAUAGUGAUGGAUCAGGGCGGGGUGCUUGCAAUACACCCUAUGGCAAGACUAGGUUAGCUGCGAUCAUCUGUAUUCAGGACCUUUGUCUAGCUGAUCCAAAAUCAUUUACGGCUCAGUGGACAAUGCUCUUACCAUCUAGUGAUGUCCUACAGCCAAGGAGGUAUGAGGCAACACUGAUGAGUUGUUUGCUGUUUGAUCCAUUUCUCAAGGCACGGGUUGCAGCUGCUUCUGCCAUCAGGGCUAUGCUGGAUGCUCCGCCAUCUGUUUUUCUUCAGGUUGCCGAAUUCAAGGAAUCAGCUAAAUGUGGGUCAUUUAUGGCACUCUCCAGCUCCCUUGGACAGAUUUUAAUGCAGUUGCACUCAGGGACUUUAUACUUAAUCAAACAUGAAACACACAGUGGAUUGCUUGCGUCCUUGUUCAAAAUUUUGAUGCUUUUGAUAUCAUCCACACCGUAUUCUAGAAUGCCUCGUGAAUUGUUGCCAACAGUUGUGUCUUCUAUUCAAGCUAGGAUUGAAGAAGGCUUUUCGUAUAGAAGUGACCAGAAUAUCCUAUUGGCAACCACAAUCAACUGCUUGAGUGCAGCCUUGUCAGUCUCACCGUCUUCGAUUGAAGUCAAAGAUAUGCUUUUGGCAGAAGUAGCAGCAGGUUCCAUGAGUACUCAAUCGAAGUUGGGCAUUUUUUCUACGUUGUUUCAGUAUUGUGAACCAGGAGUAAGCUCAUCAGUAGGCUUUGAGGCACUUCAGGCCGUCAGAGCUGUGGCACACAACUAUCCUAGUGUGAUGGUCCUGUGUUGGGAUAAGAUUUUCCUUUUAGUUCAUAGAUUCUUGACCUUCUCUUCUGAGACAAGGUCUUGGAGGGAUAAUGUUGGAAACUCAAAUGAGCAAAUUGGAGACAAAGUCAUCACCGCUUCAAUUAAGGUGUUGGAUGAAUGUCUUCGUGCAAUAUCUGGAUUUAAGGGAACUGAAGAUCAUUCUAGUGAUAUGUCACUUGACAGCCCCUUUACAUCUGACUAUGUCAAAUUAAAAACAAUCUCCUCGGCUCCAUCUUACGGGCCACAUGAUUCUGCAGUAAAUAGUGAUGGAGCUGAAAAGCUGGCAGGAAGUGAGCAAUGGUUGGAAGCAAUAGUUAGGCAUUUGCCUCUUAUCCUUCAGCAUUCUUCUCCAAUGGUUAGUUCAUAGAUACCUUUUCAGUUUUCUCUAUAUAUUGGGGUAACUAACAGUUUAUUAUUUACCAAGUAGGAAAGACAUCUCAGAAAAAAAAUGCAGUUUGGACAAAGCCACAAACUUGCAGCAGCCUAAAUAUCAACACAUCUACUAAGCUAUACUAGGGAUAGAAUUUUAAAUCCAGCAAUCUACCAGUAAAUUCACUACAUUUUUGAGCUCGACAAUGAAUCUCUUGUAUGAUCUGCUUGACUACAUGGUCUGGUGGUCUGCCUGGAUUGCCAAAAACUCUAGCAUUCCUCUCUUUCGAGACAUGAUACACCCGUCCAGCCAAUGCCAUUCUGUACACUUCUUGUUGUGCAGUUUUGCCCCUUGCAUUUGCCACUGCCCAUGUAAUGUCACUCAGCCAAUCAGCCACUGAUCUGGUAAUGCCUAACCAUUCUAAUAGCUGCCCCCCCCCACAUGCUGCAUAGCCACACUUGAUGAGCAUAUGGUCAAUAUCUUCUUUCUCCACUUGACAUAAAGGACAGACAAUGUCGUCCAGGUUCACCCAACAAGCUAACCUCUCCAUAGUUUGGAGUCUUCUGUGUAGUGCGAGACUGCGAGGUAUAAUAUAAACAACCACUUUGGCACCCCUUUGUUAUUAUAGACCAAUAUCCUCCAUGGAACUUUAGGAGCCUCAUUUGAAACCACUUUGGCACCCCUUUGUUAAUAUAGACCAAUAUCCUCCAUGGAACCUUAGGAGCCUCAUUUCUAAUCAUUCCAUACACCUUUUCAAUAGAGUAAGUGUGCAGCUGAGUCACAUCCUCCUCUGUCAUACCUGCCUCUACAAAAAUCUUCCUUGCCUUCAGGAUCUCCAUAAAUGAUAACUUGUACCAUAUAAUAGAAGUUCGAGAAGUAAAGAAAAGAAGAAAUAAGUUGCACAUUUAAAAGGUUAAUUUAAAUUGUGAUUGCUUCAAAGGUAGCCUCUGAAGUAUGUAUACUGCCUACUCGGAUUCUUAGACAUUCUAAGUAAAGAGGAAGUGUUCGCUUUGACAGUUUAAUCUUUUAGAUGAGGGUUCACAAAAAGUCGGCAUAGUAUGUGCACGCAAAGGUCCUGAAUUCAAGUCUUACCACCAGCCUCUACGGAAUAUUUCAACAUUCUUGCUGCACGGAAAAAAAAAAUUGGUUCACCUGUGAGAGGGCUUGUUAAGACAUAAUUGAAUGAAUAAAGAUGGCCCCUUUGGCUUUUACGGUUAAAACUUUAGAUGAAACAGUCCAUACAAAGCAAAUUAGUAUUCCCUCUGUCCCAUUUUAUGUGGUACUCUUCCUUUCUAGUCUGUCCCAAAAAGAAUGUCGCCUUACCAUAAUUUGAAACAGUUUAACUUUAAAAUUCCUCUGCUGCCUUAAUAAAAUGAUUUACAGCCACACAAUAUUUAAGAAUAGGUACG